CAAGUGAGUCAGUUGUCUGUCGGUCGAUGAAAAAGUAGGGGAGCUAAAGCGAUUCAACGCGAGAGGUUUUUUCAUGGAAGACCAACAUAGUGAUUGGGCGUAGCUAAAGAUGUGGGCUAUUGAUAAGGGCGCAAAGCGAAUAGCUCGUCUUUUCUGAUUUAGGCUCCAGAACUAUGCCUCCCAUCAUUAGUUGCGCCUAAGCCGAAAGCUUUUUUCCCCAGUGUGCAACGUGCUUUCUUUCCCUGAUUGGCGAGCUCAAAGUAAGAAAAACCUGUUUCUGGCUUCCAGGUUUUCUCCGAGGCGGUUUAUUGCUUGGCGAAUCUGGAGUUUGGUGUCGCGGGGUACGCUGGGUGAUGUAGUUCGUGGAUUGGAGCGCUUUCCCGAGCGGAACUGUGUGAAGAGAGAUCGGGGUGCUGCGGAACCCCCAGAGGCGCGUUAGCCGCGUUGCGUGUUUCCUGGCGAAGCGGCGAGUCUGCUGCGGGCGGCCUUCCCUGGCUUCCUCUACCCGGGUCCCCUGCUUUGUAGCGGCCUCCCAAUAGUGCGAGAAGGCACAAGCCCUCCUGGAUGGAAUAGCUGAGAAGGAUUUUCCUGCCCCUAUCCUUCGUUUCAGAUCAUCUUGAAGCACAAAAAUUGACCUGAGGAUACAACAAGCCAGUAGAUGGUAGGAUUUUUAAAAAUCCUCCUGAUAACCUAUGACAUUUUGUACCUGUGCUGAAUUUUAAAUGAAGUCAUAUGCCUCUUGGAAAUGGGCUGGACCCUAAAAGAUGGCAUAGGAAUAUGAUGUUUGUAUCUCUGAUUGUGUAUGAAUGGGAUAAUCCUGUAAAAGAAGCUGGAGAAUAGCAGCAGAAAUGGAUGAGCAAGCUCUUCUAGGAUUAAAUCCUAAUGCUGAUUUAGAUUUCAGGCAGCGAGCAUUGGCCUAUUUUGAACAGCUGAAGAUAUCUCCUGAUGCUUGGCAACUGUGUGCUGAAGCUUUAGCCCAAAGAAUCUACAGUGAUGAUCACAUCAAGUUCUUCUGUUUUCAAGUUUUGGAACAUCAAAUUAAAUACAAGUAUUCUCAACUAACUGAACUACAGCAACAGCUAAUUAGGGAAACACUAGUAACAUGGCUACAGGCACAGAUGAUGAAUUCUCAGUCAGAGAAGACAUUUAUACGAAACAAAGCAGCUCAGGUCUUUGCUUUGCUGUUUGUUACAGAAUAUCUUACAAAAUGGCCCAAGUUUUUCUUUGAUAUUCUGUCUGUGGUAGGCCUGAAUCCUCGAGGUGUGGACCUUUAUCUCAGAAUUCUUAUGGCAGUUGAUGCUGAACUUGUAGAUAGGGAUGUUGUUCAUACCUCAGAGGAGGCUCGCAGAAAUACUCUACUAAAAGAUACUAUGAGGGAGCAAUGCAUUCCAAGUUUGGUUGAAUCAUGGUAUCAAAUCUUGCAAACAUAUCAAUAUACAAAUUCAGAAUUGACAUGUCAGUGCCUUGAAGUAGUUGGAGCAUAUGUCUCUUGGAUAGAUUUGAGUCUAAUUGCAAAUGAAAGGUUUAUAAAUAUGCUGCUAGGUCAUAUGUCCAUAGAAGUUUUACGAGAGGAAGCAUGUGACUGCUUGUUUGAAAUUGUAAAUAAGGGAAUGGAUCCAAUUGAUAAAACUAAGUUGGUAGAAACUUUGUGUCAAGUUUUGCAGUCUGCUGGCCUAUUUAUAGUUGAUCAGGAAGAAGAUGUAGACUUUCUAGCUAGAUUUUCUAAACUGAUAAAUGGAAUGGGGCAGGCAUUGAUAGCUAGCUGGUCUAAACUUGUGAAGAUUGGAGAUUUGAAAAAUGCUCAAGAUAGUCUACAAGCAAUUGAAGCAAAAGUGGCUCUAAUGCUACAGCUUUUGAUUCAUGAAGAUGAUGAUAUAUCUUCAAAUAUAAUAGGGUUCUGUUAUGAUUAUCUGCACAUAUUGAAACAGCUCCCUGUGCUUUCAGAACAACAAAAAGCUAACGUAGAGGCAAUUAUGCUGGCAGUAAUGAAAAAAUUAACAUAUGAUGAAGAAUACAACUUUGAAAAUGAGGGUGAAGAUGAAGCCAUGUUUGUAGAAUAUCGGAAACAGCUAAAACUGUUGUUGGAUAGACUUGCACAAGUCUCACCUGAAUUACUAUUAGUUUCUGUUCGCAGAGUUUUUAACACUACAUUGCAGAAUUGGCAAACCAAACCAUUUAUGGAAGUAGAAGUAGCAAUAAGAUUGUUAUACAUGUUAGCUGAAGCUCUUCCAGUAUCUCAUAGCAUUCACUUUACAGGUGAUACAAAAGCUGGUGCUCUGCAAGAUAUGAUGCGGACUUUGGUUACAUCAGGUAUUAGCACCUACCAGCACACAUCAGUAACUCUGGAAUUCUUUGAGACUGUGGUCAGAUAUGAAAAAUUUUUCUCUCUGGAACCUCAGCACAUUCCGAAUGUUUUAGUAAGUUCAUACUCCCGUGCUUCCCCGAAAAUAUGA